AUGGCUGCUGCUGAGGUCCCUGUCCCUUCUGAGCAUUUCACCCAAAUCAAAGAGCAGAAAUGGAAGCCUGGAGAGGAAGAGGAAAAGGAGGAGGGUGGGGUACAAAGAAUGGAAGCCCAGGAGGGCGCUGUGGAGGCGGAGGCCGCGCCCUGCCAGCUUCUGGAUGCAGUGGGACUCCAGAAAGACCAGCCUGAGCUGCCUCUGUGGGUCCCAGCAGAGAGCGAUAGACGGAUCCUGACCCUGCAGACCGUGCACUUGGCCCCCCAGGAAGUGCACCUGCAGGGGCUGGGGUGGCUGAGCGUGCCACACUCCGAGGAGUUCCCAGUGAUGCUACCACAGGAGGAAACCUUCCUGCCAUUGCCAUCCGUGCUGUGGCUUGAACAAGAGCCCCAGCCCGGCCUCCAGCACUGUGUGACCAUCAGCAUCCCGGAAGAGCUGUACCAGCCUGAGGAGCUGGAGCUGAUGCAUUUUCACCUGCUGCAGGACAGUGUGCCCGCCGCCGAGGUGGGCCAAGAGUUAACACCCAACCUGGGUGAAAGCGCAGCCCCGAGGAAGUUUGAAGACCAACUGUCACCAGGGGGAGAGCCGGAUACGGAAGGAGAAGAGAGGCUCCUUUUUGUGGAGAUGACUCCAAACAGUGAAGGAAAAGAUGCGAUUCUUCUGACCAUUUCCCAUCUGAGACUGGAAGAGCAGCAAGACCAGGCGUUGCCUCAGCAGAGCAGUGCACCCAACGCCGAGACCACAACACCUCCCAGGGGGGCCAAGGGAAAAACCAGAACCUUCCAGUGCGAUGCCUGUCCGUUCACUUCUUCCAAAUUCUCAACUUUCACCCGUCACGUGAAAAUUCACAGCGACGAGAGACCUCACCUGUGCCACCUGUGUCUGAAGGCUUUCCGCACAGUCACGCUCCUUCGGAACCACGUCAACACGCACACAGGAACCAGGCCCCACAAGUGCGGGGACUGUGACAUGGCAUUUGUCACCAGCGGAGAGCUGGUCCGGCACAGGCGUUACAAACACACGCAUGAGAAGCCCUUCAAGUGUUCCAUCUGCAAGUAUGCCAGCGUGGAGGCAAGCAAGCUCAAGCGCCACAUCCGCUCACACACGGGUGAGCGUCCCUUCCAGUGCUGCCAAUGCACUUACGCCAGCAAGGACACCUACAAGCUGAAGCGCCACAUGCGGACCCACUCAGGUGAGAAGCCUUAUGAAUGCCCCACCUGCCAUGCCCGGUUCACCCAGAGUGGCACCAUGAAAAUCCACGUGGCACAGAAACAUGGCGAGAAUGUGCCCAAGCACGAGUGUCCCCACUGCGCUACCACCAUUGCAAGGAAGAGCGACCUGCGUGUCCAUCUGCGCAACCUGCACAGCCAUAGCCCCGAGGAGAUCAAGUGCCGAUACUGUCCUGCCGGCUUCCAUGAGCGCUAUGCCCUCAUCCAGCACCAGAGAACCCAUAAGAAUGAGAAGAAGUUCAAGUGCAAACAGUGUGAUUAUGCGUGCAAGCAGGAGCGCUGCUUGAAGGCGCACCUGCGCACGCACACAGGGGAGAAGCCAUUCCUCUGCCUGGACUGCAGCAAACACUUCCGGCAGAAGCAGCUGCUUACUGUGCACCUGAGGAAGUACCAUGACCCGAGCUUUGUCCCGGACGUGCACCUAUGCCUCAAGUGUGGCAAAGGCUUUUCUCGCUGGAGUAACCUGCAGAGACAUAGGAAGAAGUGUGACUCAGAGCAGGAGAAGGUGGCCACCUCCAAAAAUGGAAGACCGGUACAGACAAGGCAGGCCACGGAGGAAGGACCCGGAUGGGACAAUGAUGUUGCUACCCAGGCACAGGAUACCACGAAGGAGGCACAGUGCCCUGGGGAGCUGGCUCUGGGCCACCACGGUGGUGGCGGCAGCGAAAGUGCAGCCGGGAGCGAGAACCUGGAUGAAGGCCUGACCUGCGAGAUGAUCUUUAACAUGAUGGAUAAGUGA